GGCUGCGGCGGCGGAGCGGAUCGCGAUGGGCGUGGAGUGCCGGUACGAGCUGGCGCAGGCGGCGUACGUGAAGCUGGCGCUGCACGCGCUCAAGCACCCGGCGGCCGCCGUCAACGGCCUCCUCGUCGGCCGCCUCGCCGACCCCGCCGCGUCCCCGGCCGUCGUCUCGGUCGCCGACGCCGUGCCGCUCUCCCACCAGCCGCACCACCUCCCGCUGCUCCCCACGCUCGAGCUCGCGCUCACCCUCGUCGAGGACCACUUCGCCGCCCAGGGCCUCGCCGUCGUCGGCUACUACCACGCCAACGCGCGCCGCGACGACGCCGACCUCCCCGCCGUCGCCAAGCGCGUCGGGGACCACAUCUUCCGCUACUUCCCCCGCGCCGCCGUCCUGCUGCUGGACAACGAGAAGCUCGAGAAGGUGGUGAAGGGGAAUAGCCGUGAUGCCGUUGUUCAGCUAUACACCAGGGAUUCAUCAAAAAGCUGGCGUCAGGCUGGAUCAGAUGGAAGUAGUCAACUCAGUCUAAAAGAGCCAUCUACCAACGUGGUCUUGGCUGAUCAUGUUACUACGAAGAAAUGGCAGCAAGUCGUUGAUUUUGACGACCACCUCGAUGAUAUUAGCAAGGAUUGGUUGAACCCAAGCCUACUUGGUUGAGACAAUUUUGUGAUUUAGUUGUUCUAUAUUUAUUUCAACUGUCUAGAACCAAGGUCUCAAAGCUUGUACCGCUAAAUUAUUAAAUUUCACUUAAUAGCUAGAAAUGCUAUUUGAUAUGGUUUGUAAUUUAAUAUGAUAAUAAGUAGAAAAUCACAUGUGUUCGUGCUGAAAUUUGUAGCAAAAAAUUGCUGAAAAUGAAGAAAGCGGGGUCUUUGAAGAGAGCAA